UCACUGUUUAAAAUCUCUCUCUUCCCUGCUCUAGCUCACGCUACACGCCCUUUCUCUCCUUGCGCCCAAAAUCAAGAAAGAAAGAGAAAGCUAUCUCUCUCUCUUCAAAUACUCGACCCGCCAAAAACAUAAAGGUCCGUACGCCUCUCCUAUCUGUCGUGCCAUUUCAUCCGAGAAACGCCGCAAGAUCGAAGAAGAUUGCAGACGUACUGAUGAGUUUCGUUCGGCAGCUGGCAGAUUUUCCCGCCGGAAAAUGAAGGUAGGAUGGAACCAGCAAGUUCAGAUCCAUCGUCGCCCAAAAGAGAGAAUCUUUCUGUCAAUGAUGAGAAGCCGGCUGAUUUGGGCGAAAGGGAUGGACCUGAGGGCGGUUUUGACCCCGGUGGGCCUGGGCGGUCUCAGAAGAAGGCGAAGGUUGAUGGUGGUGAGGACAUGAAACGCGUGGCGGAGAUCGUCAUGGUGCUUUCGGCGAUGGGGAAGUUGCGGGGUGGAAGGAGCCCAAGCAGCGCAGAGAGAGGGAUGAUGGUGGAGGCGAGGGAGAAGCUGGCGGGGAUGUGUGAGUUUACGGUGGCGCCGAAGGAUCUCGUGACGAGGGAUGUGGUUAGGGCUGUUGUUGAUGAUCUUGGGUUUAGCAGAUGGAAGGAUCAGCGGUUCGGGUUCCGUAUGCCCAGGAUGUCGAUUGCGGAGAAGGUGGCGUUCAUGGAGAGAAAGAUGGAAGAUUCCAAGGAACUUGCCCCACGUCCUGUGCCAUAUUCGGGUCAACCACUGCAAGCUGGCUUUGGUGCAAAUUCUGACAGCCAUGGUUCUCUUUUUCAUGUGGGUGCCACUCAUAGGUUUCCGCCAGACAAACAAAGUCCUAUGCCAAUGUUGUCAAGAGGCUUUCAUCUUGCUUCGCCAGCAGGUCCCGUUUCUGCACCAGCUUCUGUAUCCUCAUUGAAUCAGUCACAAUUCAGUGAAGUGCAACCAGCUAUCAGUCGCCUGACAUCGUCUAGCAGCCCUAUAGAAAGUGAUUCUUCCUCAUUAGCACUGCCUCGAACGGAAGCAUCACAUUUCAUAUUGGGAGGACGCUCAAAUGGCCUGCCUUAUUUAUCACAAGUUGGAGCUACUUCUGGUGAUCGCCUGGUUGAGAAAACUCCAGCUUCUCAUUCCUCCCAAUCCUCAACUGCAGCAGCAAGUGCAGUAGGUCAAGCAACUAAGGUGCCAGAUUGUGCUCCAAUGAUGGCUGAUGGAUCUCCUGAAAUCAAUGCCUUCCAAUUGGCUUCUCAAGCAAUAAAUGAUCAAAUCUCCAAAUCUUUUGCAGUUCAAACGGCAGCUGGAAACUUACACGCUGUACAUCAACCGUUGCAGGUCACAGGUUUUGUGCAAGCUCCUUCACUUUAUUCCAACCACAAUGACAUUGCUAGAAAUGUUCAGAAAUUUUUGCAACCAAGGAUUCCUGAUCGUCCCAACUGGACUCCUCCAACUGAUUACAUGACCAAACCUUUGACAUGCCAGUUAUGCAAAGUUACCAUCAACGAUGCAGAAAGUUUACUUGUUUGUGACGCUUGUGAGAAAGGAGUUCACUUGAAAUGUCUUCAAUCAUUCCUUCCAAAAGUCAUUCAUAAAGAAGACUGGCACUGCCCCAGGUGUUUGAUAGUAAGUAAUGGGAAGCCCUUGCUCCCAAAAUAUGGCCGCAUUUCAAGAAAUAUUAGUGUAUCAAUGGCAUCAGCAAACACCAGUGGAGUUCAGACUUCUCCAGAGAAUAGAAUGGGAAGUCCUGAUCAAAAGGUUAAUCAUCAGAAAAUGCUGGCUAAUGGUAAACAUGGUUUACUGAAUCCUGCUCACGUUGCAAGUGUGGGUAAUAACCAUGUUGAAUCUGCUCCAGAUAUGAAAAUGCUAGAUGCACGGGAAGUGCCUGGCUCUGAUGUCUCAAUUUGUGGAAGAAAAAUGGAUGGUGGGCCUAGCCAGGGGACCAAAGAUCACUCACAGGAAAGAGCCGAGGUAGUUUGUGUUCCUGCUGGCACACCAAAUGAAAGAGCUGAUCAACAUGAUCAGAAAAGCAAAUUAUCUCAAUCUGGCAUGGAGAUAUCAACUUUUGCUCCUAAGCUGCUGCCAAAUGGUGAAUCGGGGAACUUCUGUUCUGGAAAACUGUCUGAUGCUGGUAUUUCUACCUGCCGUCAGUCUGAAGCCUCAUGUAGUUCACAAGUGGAUGGCAAAACACAGGUGCAAAACUGUUCAAAAGUUUCUGCAGAUCAAAUGCAUGAAAUGGGCAGGCAUACAGGUGAGGAGUUAAAAAGACCUGAUUUAACAGAGGCUUGUGAAUAUAAGCCCGGGCUUGUUGUUAAACAGGAGGACCAAGAUGCUGCUCAGGUGGUUUCAGGUGGAACCUUGGACAAUGGGAAUGGAGCCCGUGAUUGCAGCAGGUCUUCAUUGGAGGGCUUGCAUAGUGUGGAUUGGGUUGGUGGCAUACUUCAUGUUGUAGAUGAGAAGGCAUAUUAUGAGUCUUGUUGCAUUAAUGGGAUAGUGUACAAGCUGCAAGAUCAUGCUCUUUUUCAUUUUAAUGAUCACAAUCUGUUACCUUCGAAGAUUCAGGUUUUGUGGGAGGACAAUAAAACUAGGUUAAAGUGGGCUACUGUGAAUCGAUGUUACUUGCCCAGUGAUCUGCCUGAGGUUGUUGGCCAACCAUGCACCCCUGAAAACAAUGAGAUAUUAUUACUGAAAGAAUGAGCUACAAACUCCUACUGCAACAAGAAGCAACAAACACAACAACAACUCAUGCCACUCAGCCACUCCCAACGCUUGCAGCAAAAAACAAAGCAAAAGGAAAACAUGGAUAUAGUGCAGGCUGCCACCCAACAGCUAUAUUCUAUCUGUGAUUAAUAAAAAUGUUCUAUCUAUAUUCAUCACCAAACAAAUAAAAAAAAAAAUCUAUCUGUGAUUUAUUAAUCAUCCCGAAGAGCCCCGCUCCUUACCAGCUCCUCUGCCUCACCAUUCACAGACCUAUGGACACGAAAAUUUGAUGGGCUUCCCAUCUCCCAAGUCCUGAACUUCCAGAAUGUCAGCCAUUUAGAUAAUGACCAUUAGUUGCCCCAAGAUAUUGCAUUUUUGAAUCACCUUCGAUUACAACUGGAAGUGAUAGCAAUAUCAAAUGCCUGGAGCAUUGCAACACAUCAGCAACAUUAGAAUCUGAAAAUUCCAUUGAGCCUUGAGAACCCUAACAAUGUAGAACCAGCUCUCUUGGAGCCUACUGUUACUGUGGUAGAAGUAUAGAAAUAAUGGGGAUAUGUCUACUGUUUUCACCUGCAAUUUGUUCAAGUGUA